AUGUUGGUAAAUGAGAAGAACGAAAACCCAUGUUGGAAAGCCAUAGACUAUUGCGGACCUGACCCUGAUUUCACUAAACAACUUCAACAUUCUAUAAACACAGAAACUUAUUUUGGGCCACUUUACAAAGGCAUUGUCCACCUCAACAAACCCCAUAACAUCAUAGCAGAAGCGCUGCAAAGAUCAAGAUUAUCCAUCUCUAUUCCACGUUAUCCAACCACACAUUUCAAGAACCCUAAAGCUCCAUCAAUGGUCAUAAAAUGUGAUGUAGUAGUAGUUGGCUCGGGCUCGGGUGGCGGUGUGGUUGCAGGGGUGCUAGCUAAAUCUGGCUAUCGGGUUCUAGUACUCGAAAAAGGAAACUAUCGUGCAAGAAGUAAUCUUUCUCUUCUUGAAGGUCCAUCCAUGGAUGAUAUGUACCUUGGAAAAGGGUUGUUAGCUACAAGUAACAUGGAGGCAAUGAUACUCGCUGGUUCGACUGUGGGUGGUGGGUCGGCUAUAAACUGGUCGGCUUCGAUCAAGACACCGGUUCAUGUGCGGAACGAAUGGUCUGAAUGUUAUGAUCUAGAGUUGUUUAAGAGUAAACUGUAUGAAGAAGCUUUGAAUGUUGUUUGUGAAAGAAUGGGUGUGCAAUCUGAAGUGAAAGAUGAAGGGUUCAAUAACAUGGUUUUAAGAAAAGGGUGUGAGGAAUUAGGGUAUCCUGUUGAUAACAUUCCAAGAAACUCAUCUCCAGAUCACUAUUGUGGGUGGUGCUGCCUUGGUUGCAAAGAUGGAAGAAAGAAAGGUACAUCGGAGACAUGGCUAGUAGACCUAAUUGAAUCCGGAAACGGUACGAUCUUACCUGGGUGUGAGGCUGUCGAGGUUAUUCAUAAUUGGAAGAAAGGUAGAGAUCGGAGCACCGCGAAAGGGGUCCUCUUUGAGUUCAUACACCAAGACGGAACAAAACAAGUUUGUUUCGCUGAAUCAAAAGUGACCAUCGUAGCAUGUGGGGCAAUGUGUACCCCAUAUCUGCUUAAAAAGAGCGGCUUGAAGAACCCUAAUAUCGGUAAGAACUUGCAUAUACAUCCGGUGGUGAUGGCAUGGGGUCAUUUCCCGUCUGGAAGUUGGCCAGAAGCCGAAAAGAAGAGCUACAAGGGAGGCAUAAUGACUGCUAUGUCCACCGUGGUUGCAGACUUCAAAGGCUCCGGAUAUGGUUCCAUUAUACAAACACCGGCACUGCACCCAGGUAUGUUUUCAGCACUGAUGCCAUGGGUUUCUGGUUCCGAUUUCAAGGCACGAAUGUCGAAAUUUUCGAGGACAGCACACGUUUUCGCAUUGGCGAGAGAUAAUGGUUCCGGUGAAACAGACUUGAAAACGUCGAUUACUUACAAAAUGGACGUCGCCGAUGAAGAGAAUCUGAAGAGGGGGCUGGAGAAAUCACUGAGAAUACUUGCAGCAGCCGGAGCAGAAGAAAUUGGAACACAAAACAACAAAGGGAAGACACUGAAUGUAAAGAAUGUGAGUUAUCAUGAGUUUGAGUGUUUUGUAAAAGAGGAAAGCUCGAGAGCGUUGAGAGACUUAUCGACGCCAAUAUGUUCAGCUCAUCAAAUGGGGAGUUGUCGAAUGGGUGUCCAAGCAAAGGGGUCGGCUGUGAAUCCGACGGGGGAGACAUGGGAGGUGGAAGGAUUGUAUGUUGCGGACACGAGUGUUUUCCCGACGGCAUUGGGUGUGAAUCCAAUGAUCACAGUCCAAGCCAUUGCUUAUUGCACUGCUCAGUUUGUUCUUGAAUCUCUUAGAAGAAUGGACACCUUCUAUGAUAUAUAGUUGGCAAAAUACCACUUGACAUUGUUGGUCAAACAUUGUAAUAACAUCAUUUGAUAAUUUAAUUAGAUAUAUAGAAAAAACUUGGUUAUAUAUGACAAGUGUUCACUAUAUUGUUUC